AUGAGGCUUGUCAGGUUCUUGAUGAAGUUGAGCAACGAGAGCGUGGUUGUCGAGUUGAAGAACAGCACCGUGGUGCAGGGGACAAUCACAGGCGUUGACAUGUCCAUGAAUGUGCACAUGAAGAACAUCAAGUUCACAGUGAAGGGAAAGCCGCCCGUGUCUAUGGACCACUUGACCAUCAGAGGCAACAAUGUGCGGUACGUCAUCCUGCCGGACAGCAUCCCCCUGGACACUUUGCUCGUGGAUGAUGCCAAGCGCUUGCCGAAGGUCAAGUCCUUGGCGGGCCGAGGCCGCGGCAGGGGACGCGGCCGUGGCAUCAAGAAGAAGUGA